AUGGUAUUAGACUUCGACGUUCAAAUGGGCGUUACGAAAAUCCCAGAUCUCACCGCCGAUGGUCGUGAUGGAUUUUCCUCAAGAGCUCAGCACGACUGGUGUGUCGAGAGGUAUUUAGGCGGGAUGUGCGAUAAAAAACGCGGGAAAGCUUUGAUUGAUAAAAGCAUGUAUGAACGCAUCCUCGCAGUCCUUUUCGAUAAGAACGACAAAACAACUGAAAGCGCUCAAUUUCGUUGGUGGGUCCGCCGAACCUUCACCAAAGUCAGCGACGAUAGAGGUCAUUAUUUGGUCCACGAGAAUCGGCCUCUGGCUGUUAAGGAGCAGAUCUAUGAUGUUCUUGUCUAUUGUCACGCCGAGUGUGGUCAUGGUGGUCGCGAUAAAACCUCUGCUGUUUCCCGAAAGUAUUUCUCUUGGAUUCCCAAAGACGUUGUUUCUCGUUUUGUAUCGGUCUGUCCUGGCUGCCACGCGCGCACGCAAAAAGACGAACAAUUCUUCAGUGCCAAGGGAGCCGACGGUUAUUAUCCGGUGAACGAUCAAGUUCGUGAGCUUUCGAUUGUUAGAGGACAUGCCACUCCCGAAAGCUACGCCAAGACUUCACCCUACCAGCCACUUUUGGCCGCCGGAAUGGUUAAGUUGUUAAAUGGAGUCAAUCACGAUGAGGAAUCGACUGUCGGCGCUAUAGGGUUUGAUGCAGACGAGUUGUCGAGUGCUUCGCAAAACUCACACCUCUCACCCUUUGACAUCAAUGGUCAUGAUCAAAGCCAAUCGUCGAUCCAAGACUCCAGCGUCCGUGUCGAAGGAGUUUUGGGAUCUGGUCAACCUGUUUCACGAGUUCCCAGUCCACAUCCUCAGCCAACUCACGAUCUACAGAAUAAUCUUGAGAGGGCAGCUGUCGCCAACGCUCAAGCGGUCAUGGCAAAAGUGGCGUUGAGGAUCAAGACAUCGGAAAUCAAAAACUUGAAAGCAGAUCAACACAAGAUCCAGGCAACUAAACUAGCUCAAGGGUCCAAGAUCCGGGCUCCUAAAACCUCUCGCAAGACACAAGUUCGCAAGCCGACCUCCAAGCCAAAGGUUCACAAGAAGGCUACCCUCACUGAGCCAGGGCACAAUCCUUUACCGUCAUCUUCUGUCUGCUCGGAUACUCUUCCGCGCUUGCAGGAGGACAGCUCUGCUACUAGUACUUCGGAAGACGACAAUACCAGCAAGUCUGAAAUUGCAUCGCCUACCCAAUUCUACUCGCUUAUUCCUCCUCGAUUCGACUAUUCGAUCCAAGCUUUCUCUGGAGGUAUGGAGUUGAACAAUCGAAAGCAUCGCGAGUCUUUGAGUCCUGAUCAUGAAGCGGGUUUGAAUAACCCUACAUCUCAUCACAACACUACAAACCUUCUCGGCUUAGAACAUGUCCAGACUCCUAUUCCUUGCGUUGAUGUGAUUGACAAUAUGAUGUUACGAGAGAUGAACCAAUCCACUCAAGGUUGGCAGGCAGGCGGACGCUCAGAAGGAUUUAACAGGCAAGAUUCUUCGUACGGAAGCGCCUAUCAAGGUAGUAUCCAUAAAGUUUCCGAAUUUCAAUCAUCAUCAACUCCAACUUCCAAUGAUACCACGAAUGCUGGAAUUCACAGUCAGGACCUCUCGUUUCAGCAAUAUGCACAGUUAGUAGAUCAACAUAAUAAUAACUCCAUCGAUCACAACAGCGCAGGGAUCGAAUUCACAUUCCAAUCAGUGCAAUCUUCAGCACCUGAAUCACAACUCUGUCACUCUCUGACACCUCUUCACACUUCCACCCCGCUAUCCUGGUCGCUGUCUGCUCCGACCAAUGGAGGUGUAGGAGAUGGAUUCAAUGGGAUGCUUCAAGGCUCUCCUCACCCCAGCUUCCUCACUGAUGACAAUACUCAAUACCAAGAUAUGCUCAACGCCGCGGGAAGCCAAGGAAGUCCUUAUAUGUCAGAGAUUUCAGUCGAUUACCAACAUCAAGUCCCCCAACUAGUGGAACAAACAAAACAUCGUCCUCCAAUGCUACAGCUCCCACCGUCACAAUUCUCUCUCGAUCCUUCGCAAAAUGGUCCGCAUUCUGCACCGUUGCUGGGAGGUCACUUUGAUUACGCGCAACGAACGGAGCCUAAUUACAUAAACUACCCAUACAGUGCCGGUUUUGAUGGACACUUUGACUUCCAUGCACAAAACCAAUAUCCAUACUCGAUUGACCCGGCAACCCUAACUCAGGAUUUCGUAGGAGGACAAUAUAACUAG